GCGAGAGGCGAGCCCGGGCGGGUGGGCAGGGCGGCAGGUGGGCUCGGGCCACCUCACGGGCACAGGUGAGCCCGGGGACCUGCCCAGCAGCGCCCUCGGUCCCACGUGGCCCCCCUUCGGUGCCCUCGCCAAGCUACCAGGUGAGCGCCCUGCCAGACCAUGCCACAGAUGCCAGGGGUUUGGCCUACGUGUUCUGCAUAGAAGUUGAGGAGGUCAAGAAUGAACUUUGACCUUUCCUGAUAAUGGUGGUGGAAUGACACCUCGAGACCUGUACCGAGUGCUCAGGGAGUAGCCUAUUUACUGGGAAAAUUCUGAGGUGGCACAGCACUUCCCGUUCUGGCAUCUGUGGCGUCAGACAAGACUGAGCCAAGCACAGGCCUUUACACAUAGUCUAGCAUCUCCACUGUGCCACCUAGCUGCCAAGGAGGAAGGGCAAACAAGCUUCUGGAGAAGUGCCCUUUUCUACAGGCUGGACUGAAGAGAUCUGAAAUCUGUUCUAUUGAUCAUCUGGCUUGGUAACUUGAUCUUUGUCAAUCCCUCACAGCAGGCCCGGGAUAGGACGGCCUCUAAACUUCCCAUGAGCCUGCUAAGCAGCCCCACCCUGCAACUUGAGCCGACUUUAUUUGAGCCUCUGUCAACGCUACUCCUUGAAUCUUUUCCGCAAAUGGCUCCACGAGGCCUGAGAAAUCGCCUGGCGCGGUGGUGCCAGGACCCGUGAACUCCUUUAAACUUCCACCCAAAAUCAAUUUCCAACAUUACGUUUGCCGUCUCGUGUGUGACCGGAGAAGGCCAUGGGCCCCUGUCUUGGGGCCGCUCAAAAUAGCAACAACAGCUUGCUUGUCGGCUCUGUUAAGACACCAGAGAGGCAGGCACCUGUCCCUGAGCUGGGGAACUAUGGCCAGACCCUGAAAUCCCUCUCUCUCUGCUAUUUUUCUUCAGGUUGACUCGAGCUGCCCUUAUCCAGAAGCUCGGUGCUCGUUGGAAGGAGAAGGCAUCCCAGAAAAAUGUUUCCAGCUCCGCUGCAGCCAGACCAAUAGUUGGGGCUCUUGACCAGAUCCAGGGACAGUGGGAGAAGUGUCUCCAUGGAUGCAGCUUCCUGACAAGGCUGAUCCGUCUCGCUUACCUGAGAAGUGUUUCUCUUGCCUUAAUCCCCAUCCAAGGUACAGGUACUUACUGCUCCACCGAAGUCCAUUCCUAUGCAGGCUAAAACCGAAUUGGAGGACCUCAAGGAAGUGAGGGGCGAUGGAGCUGGCAGCUCUCACACACCUCUGCUGCCGGGAGAAUGUCCGGCUCCCUGUCUUGUGCCCAGGCCCCCAGAGUCGAUGUACCUCCACUUAUCCGGCAAGCACAAGGUGUUCCUAGAUGAGGAGCCGCUGGUAAAGCGGAAAAGGUCCCAGAAGUCAGCGAUGGCCUCCGAUUCCCAUAAGAGGGCAGAGUUGGCUGCCCUGCAGCAAGAAAUGGAGGGUGGCAGAAGUGAGCCUGACCUUGAGAGAAGCCCUCUCCCAGAGGCAGGCCAGAAGAGCGGUGAGGCUUGGAUGGCGCCUCUUGGAGAGGUAGGCCCGGGUCAAGGAGCCCCGAUGAGCUCCCGAGAGGAUGGGGUGCCCGGGAAGCACCUCGAGGAGCUCGGAAGUCAGCGGCCACCUGUGAUGGCUGAGGUGGUCAACAAAGGUUGGCCACCCGCGAGUCGAAGCUCUUCUGGGGCAGAGCAGGGCAGAGCACCACCCCAGGAAGUGGCCAAAGGUCCUUUCGUGGCCGUGGUUGGAAUCACCGAAGCCGUCGUGGAUGGUGGGGCUCCCAUCCAGCUGAUUCCAUUCGGUCGAGAGGAGAGAGCUGAGCACAGACGGGGAGCUGAAGAACGUAGCCAGAUGCGUGCUGUGCCCGGCAGCGAGAAGGGGGAAGCUGGGGAUACUGGAGCUUUGAGCCAGCCCAAGGCCAAGGACCAGAAGCCCGAGAGACGACUGGAAAGCAUCUUGUCUGAAAGGGAUCUGCUGCAGCAGAAGGUUCAAGAGCUGGAAGAGGAGAAGAGACACUGGCAGAACGAGUUUGAGAGAACCCAACACGAGCUGAUGACUCUGCGGGCCCGCGAGAACGAGAGCUUGUACUGGAGCAAGAAGCACAUGGGCUAUCGCCAGGCUGAGCUGCAGGUGCUGAAGUCCGAGCUGGAGAGAAGCCUGGAGGAGAAGAGCGAGCUCAAGGAGCGACUCAAGGCCAUGGAGAUGCGCAUGGAGGUUCUGCACCAGGCUCAGGGCUCCUUCCAGAACCUGCAGGAAGAAGACCCGAGCACCCUGGAAAAGCUGAAAGGCCUCCGGGUGAAUGUCAGCCGGCUGCUGGCCUCCAUUCUUCCUCACCUGGAGCUGGAAGAGGUCAACUUUGAGUCUGAUCAGGUGGAUGAGAUUCUGCAAACUGUGUUGGAGACCAACCACAUCCUGGAGUGAGCAGCGGCGGCUCCCUUACCUUUGCUUGGAAGGAAUUACUGCCUGCCCCAUGUUAGCUGCCCUCUUGCCUUAUAUGUACAGAAUCAGUUAAUAAAUGAUGGCUUUCA